UAAAAUCACAUUUUUCGCUUUUUAAUAUGUAUCGCAUUCAUAUUUAAUUUCAAUUCUAUUUUAGUAAAUUCUUUUAGAUUCCUAAAUUCCAAUGGUUCAUGAUAAAAUUGCAAUAUUAGAUGCUGGUGCCCAAUAUGGGAAAUUGAUAGAUAGAGCACUUAGAGAAUUAUGUGUAGAAUCAAUCAUUAUGCCUAUGGAUACUCCUCUAUCAGUGUUAUUAAGUGAUGUAAAAACAUCAGGUAAUCCAUUUAAAGCAAUUAUCAUAUCUGGAGGCCCAGGUUCUGUUUAUGAUACAUAUUCUGCACACUGCCAUCCUUCAAUAUUUAACUCAUUUGUCAGUCCAUCAUCAAACGAGUCAACAAUACCUAUUUUGGGAAUAUGCUAUGGAUUUCAAUUAAUAAAUCAUGUGUUUGAUGGUGUUAUACAACCUGCAGCCUCUAGGGAAGAUGGAGUACUACCAGUCAAAUUAGAUACUCAUUCUUUGUUAUAUAAAGGUAUAAAUGCUGACCAAAUGGUUUUAUUAACUCAUGGUGAUAGUUUGAUUGAAUUAGGAAAAGGAUUAAAAUCAAAUGCUCUUUCUGGUCCAUUAGUUGUAGGAUUAGAACACGAGAAGCACAAGAUAUACGGAGUUCAAUUUCACGUUGAAGUGGACCUGACCCCCUGUGGCAAGGAUAUUCUCAGGAAUUUUGUAUUCAACAUAGCUAAUUGUAAGCCCAACUUCACUCUCCCCAACAGGGAGUUGGCCUGUCUCGAAGAAAUCAAAAGCAAGGUCAAGAACGGACAUGUUUUGCUAUUGCUAAGCGGCGGUGUCGAUUCUUGCACGUGUUUAGCCCUGCUUAAAAAGUGUCUCAGACCCGAACAAAUAAUAGCUCUGCAUAUCGACAACGGAUUCCUGAGGCACCAAGAAAGCAUGCUCAUCGAGAAAAAUCUAUCCAAAACACUGGGAUUGCCAAUCAAAGUGGUUAACGCCUCUAACCGUUUCCUGCAAUACGCGCUUCCGUAUACAGACUUCUUUGAUAUGACUUACCCCGGGGUCAUGAAUUGCUGUUUGUCGAAGUUCAUCAACAAUUCCAACCUCAACCCUAACCACCCCAACUCCAACUUUAACUCCAAUAGUUCCGUGUCGAUCAAGAAUCGAAACUCCAUAUCCAUUAUAGAUGACGCUUUUGAUACCGAUUCUACGACUUUCGACCCCGCCAUCAAUUGCUGCUGUUGUUGCGCUUGCUGCGAUAAGGAGACCAAUACCAAAAUGGUGUGCCGUACGUUCAAUAUGAUAGGCCGAUUGAAUCCCAAGGGUGGAGAUAACCACAAUAACAGUCCUCCGCCUAGCAGCGAAAAUGGGUUAGAUGGAGCUAAUAUAGAAAUAAAACAUUGCGAAUGCUGCUGCGCUCACAAAUCGCCCAAAAUGGUGGACGUUUGUCGAUGCUGUGCCAUUAAUAUGACGGCCCUCAAAAAUCCCGACAACAAAUCGCUGAAUCCCCCUUCACGAGCCGUGGAGGAAGCCUUGGUUAAAAUGGGAAUGGGACCUCACUGCUUCAAGAAUUACGAUGGGAACAUCAUGCUAAAGCCCCUAUGCAAAGUGGUCAAUCCGGAGAUUAAGCGGAGGAUCAUAGGGGACAUAUUUGUUCAGGUAGCCGAUGACAUUAUCAGCGAAAUGAAAUUAGAUGUCAAUAACGUUUAUUUCUGCCAAGGAACAUUAAGACCGGACCUGAUCGAGAGUGCGAGUCAUUUGGUGAGCUCGAAGGCGUCGGUUAUAAAAACGCAUCACAACGACACCAAGCUCAUGAGAAUGCUGAGAGCUCAGGGUAAAGUGAUCGAACCUCUCAAAGAUUUCCACAAGGACGAAGUCAGAUCCUUGGCUCGAGACUUGAAAUUGCCUCAGGAAAUCGUGGAACGGCAUCCAUUCCCGGGCCCUGGCCUUGCCAUCAGGAUAAUCUGCGCCAUGGAACCUUUCAUCGACAAGACUUUCACCGAAACCAACUUUGUGCUCAAGUUACUCGUUCAGGUUUUGCCUGAGGAAUAUCCCAAGAUUUGCCACUCUAAUACGAUAGUUCAAAAACUGAGGGAUACCCUGACAAGCAACGAUCAGGCGACAUUGGUGGCCAUCUUGAAAAACGAUAAGAACGUCAAAUAUUCGGCCAUAUUGCUUCCCGUUAAAUCCGUAGGUGUUCAGGGUGAUAAAAGGAGUUACAGCUACGUUUGCGCUCUUUCUUGUUCCGACGACUCAAACGCGUCGUCUGACGCAGCGUUCAUCCCUACGGAUUCUAAGUGUUUGAAUUGGGAUCAUUUGUUUUCCCUUGCUCAAAUUAUUCCAAAAGUAUGCCAUAAUAUCAACAGAGUUGUAUACGCUUUCGGCCCCGAAUGUAAACUCCCGGUUACGGAAAUAGUUCCCACUUUGGUGACUCCCAAAACGCUGGGCACGCUCAGGUUAGCCGACUACGUAGCCCACGAAUGCCUACACCAUUGUGCCCCCGGACCUAACAGGGAACAGAUUAAAAAGAUCGGUCAAAUGCCUGUUGUCAUGCUACCUUUGCAAUUGGAUCCCACGCCACCCGUAUCGGGUGAUGAUCCGGUCCUUAGAUGCAUAGUGCUUAGACCUUUCGUGAGUGCCGACUUUAUGACCGGGGUAGCUGCGAGACCCGGCGUUCAUUUACCCUUUCAGAUCUUGGACGAAAUGGUCGAUAAAAUAACGAACACGGUGGAAGGGGUUUCGCGGGUUUUAUACGAUUUAACUGCUAAGCCUCCCGGGACGACGGAAUGGGAGUAAGACAAUCGCCUCAGUAAUCCCUAAAUUUACAGAAAUAUUUUAAAACAAUAUUCUAUACUCCUCUUCUUCGUUUUUUUUAAAAAUAUGAUUAUAAAACACAAUGCUUGACUUUAAUAAAGGUAUGUUAUAAUAAUUAUUACUGUAGCUCGAUAUUACGAUAAUAUUUUGUAUAUAAAGCAUAUUU